AUGUGGCCAACAUUCUCAGACACCUCCAUCCUCGGCUUUCUGCUUUUUUUGGCCCUCUAUCUACGGCCUCGACGUCGUCAAGAUCCAAGUUGGACAUACCGACAAGCGAUCACAUGUGCGCUUAUGAAGGUCGGGCUGCAAAAAUUUGUUACCUUCCGGAUCAAGCCAUCACUAUCCUUGAAGCCGGGACGGGAAAAGGAUCGGUUCGUUCUAGUCGAUCCGGCAUUACCAGAGGCGUAUUAUGGGGUGGCAGAGGACAAUAAUAUUUGGCCAGAAGCUAUCGGAGGCACUUGGUACCCAAACCGUUUCACUUCAGACACUAUCGUUCCUGAAGGCCAGCAUGUCAUUCUCCAUUUCCAUGGCGGCUCCUACAUAAUGGGAGAUGGUCGCACGAAAUUUACUCGCUUUCUAGCUGACAACCUGUUGGACAACUCUUCCGCCCUUUAUAUUUUCUGUCCACAAUACAGAUUAUCCGGUCUGCCACAAGGGCGUUUCCCUGCACAGCUCCAAGAUGCUAUUUCCUCAUACUCCUAUCUAGUUUAUACGCUCCAUAUACCGGCUUCGCAAAUAGUUCUGAGUGGUGAUAGCGCAGGAGCACACCUCAUUCUCGGGCUUCUCAGAUAUAUCGUUCAGAUGGAUAAUCCAUUCAUUCUUCCGGCGCCUUUAUGCAAUUGGGUCUUCUCGCCAUGGUGCGAUGUUCCGGCUGCCAUCGAUACCUCGGACUGGCGCAGGGACCCGAAUUACAAAACUGAAUACAUUCCCGCGACCCUUCCAGCUUGGGGGGGCAAAGAACUAUCUCAGAGACCUGGACAUCACUGGUCCCAUCGAGGAACAAGUUGUCCCACUCAGACAUCCGUUUAUAUUGCCCUCGCCACUGCUUAUAGUUACUGGAGGGAGAGAGAUCCUACUACAGCAACACUUGCAACUUGCCCAGGCCUUCUUGAAGAUACCGGAGAAUAUGGAUUGUGUGGAACUAUAUAA